AUGUCCUGGAUGGACGGCGAUCGUGCAAAAAUGCAUCUCAAAGCGCAAUUUCCUCUUCACCAACAUACUGUAUCUGCGAAUAACGUUCCAACGUACGCCAACAGAACUGUGCCCUCGUAUAGCGUAGCAGGCGAGGAAGCUAUAUCUGAAAGUCGCAGCCCUGCUGCUCCUCGCUAUUCUCCUAAUAUACAACCAUGGAGAAGACAGCACACACCGGGUUCCCUGUCUUUUAUCCCUUCCACCUCACCUCGCCCAGAGCACUCCGAAUAUACUACGUCGCAAACCAAACGACAGCCAGAGCAAGCUCCUGCCAUCAUCUCACCCUUUCGAUCGGUACGCAGAAUGAAACAACCAUUUCAGCUGCGCCUACCAUCUUCUCCCUCGUUUGAAAACAAUCCAUCUUCGUUCAGAGACUCUAGGAGACUAUCUCGGGGACCGUCUGGGAACAACCACACCCUACGCACGUGGCGAUCCGAUCAAAACCUUACGACUACAAGCAUGGAAACCUUUGGGCUUCUCCCCAGUCCUCCUCUAUCCGACUCAAGGUCUUCGCAGCUCUCUCCAUCUUCAGCCUAUUUCUCUCCAAAAUCCGAAUAUGAUUCGGAUCCUGAUCAAGCAACACCGAAGAGUUCUUCUACCUAUAAAUUCGAGGUCAAAACAUCAUUCGCGCCGCGUACGCUCAGAUCGAGAAAAACCACGGAAAACCUGAGGAGCAUGAAUGAGCCCACAAACGUGCACAUGGCACAUUCAAACCUUGUUAGGCAGUGGGACUCCGAUGAUGGAAAACUCACGCCAGUGUCUAUUGAUUCUGAGAGGACGGCAUCUCCAUCCCCAUCCUCAUCUCCCUCUCUUUCACUGUCCCCUACGCCAUCUACAGAAACAGAGUCACCAGCCAGUCGAAAAGUUUCAAGCUCCUCUACAAAGACCCAGCGAAGCCGGUCCCGAACGGUCUCUAGCGAGGGGAGCUGGGUUCCGAGUAACCUUUCUUACUACGAGCCGUGGCUACAAGGAGCGCCUGCAGAAACACCAGAUACUGGAGGACAGAAGCCAAGGGAGUUCAAUCGGCGCAAAUGCCAGAUCGUUCCGCCUGCUGAUAGGCCUGUGGUGUUUGCUGUUGCUAGUAAGACGAAGCCGAAACUUGUUGAUAUCUCACGGCAGUCGUCUCCGUCACUGGGCUAUUCAAUUCCCACGCCACCGCAGCGCACAAUACCUUCCACGCCCGAUCAUCGACAACAUGAAAUAUCAGCUUUCAGUCCUGACACCCCGCUAGAAAUGUCUGACAGUGGCUACAUCACGCACCAUUGUUACUCUCCACAAGAAUAUCGAAAAGACAAGGAUGAUGAUGAGUUUACUGAUACUAGCUCACUAAGUGCAGAGAGUGUCGGCGAGACUGUUGUCUGCGACAAAAUGGCUACGAGUCAGGAACUCCCGAGACCAUCUCCAAAAUCGCCGCCGAAAUCACCGCCUAAAUCGCCCCCCAAACCUGAUCUCAAACCCGAUCUUAGACCCGCAGCUCAGCCUUUACCAAAAGCACAAGCGUCUCCGGGACGCUCUUCCAAUAAAUCCGAGAAAGAGGAGCUUGAGAAAUGGUGGGACCAUGAGUGGACGAUUGAUCAGCUGGAGCAUUCAGUCAAGGACUUCCCUCGAAACAUGCUCAAGUUGACAUCGCCAGUCAUCAUGUUCCUCCGCCAUAAUAACGAAAAGGCGCUUAUCCGGCCUUUUCGAAAAAUAUUCCCGGACGUUGCCGAGAAUUUACUCGACAACCUUUGCGCAGUGUUGAUUGCGCGAAACUAUUUGAUUUCCCUCGCAUCUCUCAACCGGAGAAAUAGCAACUUCUCCCAUAAACCAAGCUUGUCUCGUCUCGAUACAGUUCCUGAAAAAGCAAGCUCCGUUUUGGGAAUGCAAUAUUCACAACCAACGCCCUCGAGAGUCAAGAAUCGAGUCCUCGGCACCAGGAGCGCUGAACUCUGCAAAGACCUGGAUCGGAUCGUCGAUAACUUAGUUUUUGCAAUCUGCGGCAAGCAAGAUGAGCAUUUGAAGUCUGCCGUACUUGUACUGGCGCAGGUUCUGGAAACCAAGUCUUAG